AUGCCACCACCACCACCAUCAAAACCACCGCCAUCACCCCCCCUCAUAACCCCAACAUCUCCCAAAUCCCUAUCCACAAUCUUAACAAACGACCGUAACAUCCUACACCUCCUCGUCUACAAGACCAAAAACCAACAUCGUUCCUCCCUCUGGUUCAAAUGGCUACAAAUGCUCAAACGCUCGUUGGAGCGUAUAACAGACCAUCUACAACAUACAUACCCAGAUAAAGAUAAAGAUAAAGAUAAAGAUAAAAACAAAGAUACUUCCUCCUCAUUACCCUCGGUUUCAAAUGCAAACUCAGAUCUAGAAUCAAAUUCAGACUCGGAUUCAGACUCAGAAGAAUCCCUCACAACCCUCCUAAAAUCCGACAAGACCUUCGUGGUAUUACUACAAAGACUAUGGAUCGCUAUAAUCCCGAACGCUCACAGGGCUUUUACAACAUUAAUCACUUCUACACAAUACGCAGCAAUGGGUAUGGUAAUGCUAGGAUGCCUGGCUAGGGUUCAUGAGGUUCUAAAGCCAUUCGCAGAUGAAGAGAUAACAGGGACGACAUCAACAGAUCAGGAUAUCGAUACUACCAACGAUAUUGAAGAAACUACCCCUUCAAAACUAUACACUAAAGAAAAUGACGAAGAAGAAGGAGGAGGAGAAGAUACGGGAGAAGUAAUCAGUCGAGACUCCUUCGUUAUCCAAAACCACCAACGAACUCGAAAGGCACAGAUAGACGUAACAGAGGAAGACGAAGGAAUAGUUAUAAAACGACAAAAAGUCGAAUUACAAACGAACAGAAGAUCUUUAACACCCCUGACUGCCGAUAAAUCAACUUCAACGAAAAAGGUUCUAGAGAAGAAGAGGACGGCAAUUGACGAUUUAUUUGCGGACUUUUGA